AUGGCUUUCACCGUGCUGGGCCCGGUGGCCGCCCACGUGCUGUACCCGGAGCUGAGCCUGCUGUCCGAGGAGGACGAGGAGGAAGAAGAGGAGGAAGAGGAGACCCGGAGCGGGAGCGACGCUUCGGAGGAGCGCUCGUACGGCUGCUGCGAGAGCCGUCGUCAGGCCGGCCGGCCGACCGGGCACGGGCCGGUGGUGGUGGUCAAGCAACAGCGGCAGGCGGCCAACGCCCGCGAGCGGGACCGGACGCAGAGCGUCAACACGGCUUUCACCGCCCUGCGCACCCUCAUCCCCACCGAGCCCGUGGACCGCAAGCUCUCCAAGAUCGAGACGCUCCGCCUGGCUUCCAGCUACAUCUCCCACCUGGCCAACGUGCUGCUCCUGGGCGAGGGUUGCCAGGACGGGCAGCCUUGCUUCCGCGCCCUCUGCGGGGCCAAGCCGGGCGAGGGAGGGACGUCCGGGCCGCCCAGGAGCAUCUGCACCUUCUGCCUGAGCAACCAGCGCAAAGGGGGAAGUCGGAGGGAGCUUGCCGGGAGCAGCUGUUUGAAGACCCGAAACGGAAACCAGGUGAAGAUGCUGCGGAGGUGAGCCCAGGAGCAGCCACCUGUUGGAGAAGGCCAACCAAAGGGAGAUCCGUGCCUCGGAUUUUGUCUUCCCGUGAGCGGGACAGUUGCGGGUCAUGGGAAAUAUGACGAUGCGGAAGGGUACAAAGAGGGGCUCUUGUUAGUCCGGACUUGGAGGAGACCGAGCAGGAUGAAAAAAACAAAAUGCUGUUCGAAUUGCAGCAAGGGCUCAGGGCUGCCAUCACAAAGGGACUAUGCAGUCCUACCACGGACUUCGGUUGGGUUGGACCUCAAGAGAGACCCUGGCCUCCUUCCGUGGCUGGAACCUGGGUGUUCUGACUCAGGCUUCCUCAAACGUCAUUAAUCGCAAACUUGUUUUAAAAACCAAACCUAUUUUAUUGCAACGCUGGGAAUUGCUUUCAUUCCCAGACAGAACUAAUCUUAGACAGUUCCCCGAGAUAAGCACACACCUUUCAGUGCUGUGGAAUGCUGCC